CGAUUCCCAUGUGGACAGCCCCACAGACCCCUGGGAGCCUCGGGGGAGACCCGAGGGUCUGGGCUUGCAGGCCGAGUAGGGACUGUCCAGGGACUGGCCCGAACACGCCGACUUUGCCCAUCUUUGUCCCGGACCUGAGGGGACGGGCCCUCCUGAGCAGGGUCAUUCAAAUCUCCCAGCAUUCUCCUCUUUAGCUAGCACGGGCCGCUGCCUUUUCUGCUGCUCCCUGGCUUGGGAGCACGUUCUGCGAUGUGGGUCUGGGGGCAGACCAGCUUCACCCUCCACACAAGUCCUAUAUUCUGAGCCUUGCUAGGACCUCGGGUCCAGCUCUUCUGGGCGCAGAGGGGCUCUGGCCCCAGAGCUCGGGCUAACAUCGCAAGUUAUGUUGUUCUGCUCAGUCACAGAAGCUCCUGGUGUGGCAGCUGGAGGGCCAGAGAGCACACGUGAAGAGCCGCCGUCAAGGAACCGCCUCAACGCCUCUCGAGAAGUGGAGCCUGUCAACCUUCCCGGCUGUCGCUUGAUCAAAGGAGUAGAAGCGGGCUCUGAAGAUAUUGACAUCCUUCCCAACGGCUUGGCGUUCCUCAGCGCAGGCCUCAAGUCUCCUGGGAUCCAGUGCUUUGCCCCGGAGAAGCCCGGAGGAAUCCUGAUGAUGGAUCUGAACAAGGACAGCCCCCGGGCUCUGGAGCUGAGGGUCAGCCGGGGCUUUGACCUGUCCACCUUUAACCCCCACGGCAUCAGUACGUUCAUCGACAAAGAUGACACCGUGUAUCUCUUUGUUGCCAAUCACCCCGAGUUCAAGAGCACAGUGGAGAUUUUUCAGUUUGAAGAAGAGGAAAACUCCCUUUUGCACCUGAAAACCGUCCGGCACGAGCUCCUGCCCAGUGUGAAUGACAUCGUGGCCGUGGGCCCCGAGCAUUUCUACGCCACCAACAGCCACUAUUUCUCCGACAUUUUCCUAAAGUAUCUGGAGGUCUACUUGAACCUGCGCUGGACCAAUGUCAUUUACUACAGCCCUGAGGGCGCGCGCGUGGUGGCCGAAGGCUUCGACUCCACCAACGGCAUCAACAUAUCCCCAGAUCACAAGUACAUCUAUGUGGCCGAUAGUUUUGCCCAUGAAAUCCACGUCAUGGAAAAACUCGCCAACUGGAGUUUGAGUCCAGUGAAGGUGCUCCAGCUGGACACGAUAGUGGACAACCUGUCCGUUGACCCUUCCACGGGAGACCUCUGGGUGGGCUGUCACCCCAACGCCCUGAAGCUGCUCAUCUACGAUCCCAGUCGCCCUCCUGCAUCCCAGGUGCUGCGCAUCCAGAACAUCCUUUCCGAGACGCCCGCCGUGAGCACGGUCUACGCCAACAACGGCUCCGUGCUGCAGGGCAGCACCGUGGCCUCCGUGUACGGCGGGAAGCUGCUCAUCGGCACGCUGUACCACAGGGCCCUGCAGUGCCCGCUCUGAGGGCAGCGCGCCCGGCUCCCACUGCCACGGAGGUCGCUGCGAACGUUCCUCCCGGGGAAGCGCUCGGAGCGGGAGGGGCCGGGCGCGAGGAGGGGCCGGGCGCGAGCAGGGGCCGUGCGCGAGGAGGGCGCGCUCCGGACCGCGUCCCUGCCCUCCCGUGCCUGCCGGGCACUGCCAGCCCGGCGGGGACCCCAGCGAUCCCUGGCGCUGUUCUGUGGCUCCACCUGCUGGGGGCCCGCGGUUACAGCUGCAACGAUUUGUCCCGGUCUCCUGCCCGACGCCGCCUGCGGGCGCCCAGAAACGGACUCCUUUACUAACAAAUAAAAACCACGAAAACACG